AUGACGAAGCCCCCGAAGAGGAAAAAAGGAAAACCGCCUCCGUCGCAAACUUCGGGGGCGGAGGAGUCUACCGAUUCGGACUCUACGGAACGGGGCAGCAACUCCAAUGAAACACAGCCGGAUAAGUACACCCCUUACAGGGUCAUUGAUUAUAACAGGCGAUAUCCUGAGGACAGUGCAGCAGGCAGCAUCAAAUAUCUGAAGAAAGUCAACAAAUACAAAAUGGGAGUAGUGUUCGACAGACCGAAUAUGGCCAACGCCUUCUUAGAAAAUACCACUUUCUUAAGAGACCAAUGUUUAAAGGCCUCUAUUCCGGCAGGGAGUACCGAGCUCACUGGAGUUAUCACCGGUGUGCCCGCCGAAAUGAGCAACUAUCAAGUUACAAAUAAACAACUUAGGAGAUUGUGGAUGAACCUCAAGCAGCGGCAAAGGGAAGCACUGACAAAAGAACGUCAACAUGGGCUAGCUACUGGAGGAGGGCCUGCAACCAGUGAUGCAGUUGUAGACCCAGAUGUGUCUGAGGUGGCCCCUGCUCUAAUAGUUGGUAUCGAUGAUGCUGUUGACUCUGAUACAAUUCCAGUAACCGCUGACCUUGCCGUCCAAGAAGUAAAUAUGGACUUGCAGCCCGUCUCUUGUCUUCCCUCAACUUCUUCCCAAAUACCAUCCACCAGUGCAUUUUCUUCAUCACCAUUCCCAUGCGCUGUUGUUACACAAGCACCACUUGCCCUUGCCCCAACCCGGACAACAUUGACACCACCUCCACCUGGAGUAGGUCCACUACUGUCUCUCCCUACAACCACUCCACCACCAGCUCUCCCUACAACCACUCCACCACCACCUCUCCCUACAUCCACUCCACCACCACCACCUCUUACUGCUUCCACUCCACCACCACCUCUUCCUACAUCCACUCCACCACCACGUCUUCCUACCCCACCUCCACGUUUUCCUACUCCACCUCUUAUUAACCCAUCAAAUACAGCUACCCAAACUUUUCAAAGGCAUAAAAGUUCUAUUCUGGAUAAGGAAUAUAAAGACAGACAGAGACGGGCUAAUGAGAUUCAUGAGUUGGAGGUUUUAUUGUUAAGAGAAAGAAUAAGAGAAGCAAAGGCGAGAGCAGACCUCGCAGAACUUCAACUGCAGCAGCAGUGUUCGUCAGAUACUGCAACUGAUGCCUGAAGAGGGGAUGUGGCAUAAUAUAAUAAAUGGAAUAUUGUUAAUUUAUUAAAUAAAAGCAUAUAAG